UCACCAGGAAGGGACUGCACAGCAGCCUAUAUAAAGUGCCAAGCUCGUUACUAGCUAGCAGACUACGCCAUGACUUCGGCCGUACCCUUGUUAAGCCAGUGGUGUAGGGCGACUCUCACUGCCAGGAAGAAGCUGACUCAAAUCGCAGAGUCCGCUUCCUGCAAAGGCGUCUGGUGGCAAUGUGUACGCUCUGUGGCUGCCUUUUCAAAUGGACCGGAGUCGGGCGACAUGCGGGGUUACUUGAAUUCUAACUACAAGGAGGUGAAGCGGAGCAUCAAUGAAGAACUCGACCCUUCCAUUUCAAGCAAUUUGCUGAAUCCAGAUGCCAUUUUUGCCAACAAUGAAAUGAGCCUGGAGGACAUAGAGGUUUAUGGCUUUGAUUAUGAUUAUACCUUGGCUUUCUACUCUAAACACCUUCAUACAUUAAUUUUCAACACAGCUAGAGAUAUUCUAAUCAAUGAGCAUCGGUAUCCUAAAGAAAUACAGAGGUAUGAAUAUGACCCAAAUUUUGCAAUACGUGGUCUUCAUUAUGAUGUUCAUAAGGCCUUGUUAAUGAAGAUUGAUUCAUUUCAUUACAUUCAAUUAGGAACAGUGUAUCGAGGAUUAAAUGUUGUACCAGACUCAGAAGUCAUUGAAAUGUAUGAAGGAUCCCAUGUUCCUCUGGAACAGAUGAGCGACUUUUAUGGAAAGAGCUCAGAAGGAAACACCAUGAAGCAGUUCAUGGAUAUAUUCUCAUUGCCAGAGAUGACUCUUCUGUGUUGUGUUAAUGAAUACUUUCUGAAAAACAACAUUGAUUAUGAGCCAGUGCACCUGUACAAAGAUGUGAAGGAAGCCAUAAGAGAUGUUCAUGUAAAAGGAAUAUUGUACAGAGCUGUUGAAGCUGAUAUCGAAAGGUAUAUUUGCUAUGGAGAAAGAACCCAAGCCGUUUUGUCAAAAUUGUCAAAUCAUGGGAAGAAAAUGUUUCUAAUCACAAAUAGCCCCAGCAGUUUUGUGAACAAAGGAAUGAAUUUCAUUGUAGGUAAAGACUGGCGGGAUCUCUUUGAUGUGGUUAUUGUUCAAGCUGACAAACCUAAUUUCUUCAAUGACAAGAGAAGGCCCUUCCGUAAGGUUGCAGAAAGAGGAAUUCUGUUGUGGGAUAAAAUUCACCAUCUUGAAAAAGGUCAAACCUACAAGCAGGGUAAUUUGUUUGAAUUUCUUAAGCUCACUGGAUGGAGAGGGUCAAAGGUUUUGUACUUUGGAGAUCAUAUAUACAGUGAUUUAGCGGAUCUGACCCUAAAGCAUGGAUGGAGGACAGGUGCCAUUAUCCCAGAGUUAAAAUCAGAGAUUGAAAUCAUGAACACUUCUCAUUACAUUAAAACCAUGGCUUGGCUUCAAGGUCUAACUGGCCUGCUUGAACGGAUGCAGGUGUACAGGGAUGCGGAAUCACAGAUGGUCCUACAAGACUGGAUCAAAGAAAGACAAGAGACGAGAGAUUUGACAAAAACCAUGUUCAACCGACAGUUUGGAAGCAUAUUCAGGACUGACCAUAAUCCAACCUAUUUCUUGAGGCGCUUGUCCCGCUUUGCUGAUAUUUAUAUGGAAUCUUUAAGUUCCCUUUUGAAUUAUGACCUGCACCACACUUUCUAUCCUAAGAGGACUCCACUACAACAUGAACUUCCUGUGUGUUCGGAGCAGCAGUACGCGAACACAUUCAGGAUCCCUCUUGGCAGGGAAACGGCUCCGAUAAAGUGAUUCUCAUAGAAGGAUGCACUAUGGUCUGCACACUAAACUAAGGAUGUUUUUUUCCUGCCUUCUCUUGUGUCUUUCUUUAUUUAAACUGUCGGGUUGAUGCUUUAUCGCAUUACAUUCUCAGCUGUUCAACUGGAACGUUGUUGAGCACAGUGGCCUGUAUUGAACGACCAGAGAACCCUUCAUGAACAUUAUGGCAUGCUGAUUCAACUUAGUUUGUGUAAACAGUAAGUUUUUGAGAAAUGUUUGAGCCAUUCAUUGUGCUUUGUAUAUUGCACUGUAUAGCACUUGUAUGUCUGCAAAACCUAUUGUGUUUUGUUUUAAUUUUUUCUCCUAUUUAUACAACAGACUUUGUUGUGUAUUUUAAUACUUCCCAAUGCAACACUAGCUUUCAAUGUGCUUUAUUAUGUUUGUUGAAUGUAUGUAUUUUUUUUUUUAAUGAUGGUUUUACUUCCUCAGAUCAUAACAUUUAUACAUUUCCCAAUCUAAAAAUAAAUGCAUGGAUGGUUAGUGCUAUACAGGUAACUCUAAUCAUGAUCAUUGCUUUCUUUUGUCUUGAGUCACUCCUAGACAGUCCUUUAUGCCCUUUUUUUAAAAAAAAUAAUUUAUCACUAUCACCCCUCCCUGCCCCCAUACACAGUUUUAUGCAUUUUUUUCCUUCUGUGCUAAGGACAUACACAUUUUGUACUGUUGCAGUGUAUAAAUGAAACCAAAUUUCAUUUUUUUUAAGCCUGUUGUGUUUAUCAUGAGCUAUACAGUGAGCAUCAGUGCAGUCUAAAGCUGACCAUAGACGCAAAGAUCCAAUCGUACGAAUCCUCGAACGAUCGGACUUCCCCAUCUCCUGACCUGCCACUAACCAUUCAGAUCAAAUAAAGUAGAAAAGAAUCAGCCAUUGUUCUGCCUGACAGCAAUCGUACGAAAGUUAUAUCCGACCAAAGCUGGUGACAGUCUCCCACUGAAAAUCGUACGAUCGGCAAUACAUGCAGAGAUAUUACCCGCAGCCGACAGAAAUCUUUUAACCUGUCCGAUCGACCAAACGACCGAUUCUCCGCCAGACGAAAAAUGACGGGACCCUCCACACACGGUCCGAAAAUCGUACGAAUCCUCGAUUCGUAAGAUCAGAUCUUUGCAUCUAUGGCCAUCUUAAGGCAAAUAGCAGUAAGUUGUAUUUAUUUGUCUGUACCAUUCAAUUGAAGACAAACCUGUAAUUAAAUUAUCAGUUCAAAGUGA